GCAGAAGGAAGGAGGAGAAAUCUGGAGAGAAUGGAGGAAGAGCUGAGCUAUGUGGCCGUGACUUUCAAGGCUAAAACUUUCUCUACGCACGAGAAACCGACUGACAUGGAGAUAAUCUAUGAUGAGGUGAAGACUGUGGAGCAGGAGCAGAGUCUGGACAAACGUCCUGAGGAAACAGAGAAGCUCAGGAAAGCUCGUCCGUGCUCGGCGCUGACGUGGACCGUGGCAGGUCUGGUGCUCGUCUGUGCCGUGCUGGUGUCCGUCGUCUUCGUCCUCGUCCACUCCGUGAAACAGCAGCGCAGGGACAACGUGAAGUUAACGGAAGAGAAGCUGCAGCUGUGGACGGAGAGAGCAGCUCUGGAGAGACGGACGGAGGAGCUGAGCAGAGACAGGGACAGACUCACCUGGACCAUGGGGGUCAUCCUGGACUACGACAGCUUCCCCGUCAGCGCGCUGUGUCCAGACAGAGUGUGUAAAUCUUGCCUGGACGGCUGGGUGCUGUUCCAGUCCAAGUGUUACCUGUUCACAAAGUCAGAAUAUCACAGCGGCUGGAAGGACUGGGAGAGAAGCCGUGAAGACUGCUCACGAAGAAACGCUGACCUGGUGGCCAUCGACAGCGAGGAGGAGCAGGAGUUCAUCAAUAACCACACAGAAGAAUACCGCGAUAAAAACCACGGCUACUGGAUCGGCCUGACCAAGGACACGUGGGGCUCGUGGACGUGGGCGGAUGGAAGAAACUUGACUGUGACGUACUGGAUACCUCAGCAGACUGACUACGUAUCCUGUGCAUUAAGUCAACCGAGUGCGGAUCCUCUGGCGAACUGGUACAGAACGGGCUGCGACAUGAGGAACCGCUGGAUCUGUGAAACAAAAGCUCUGAUCAAACCAGAUUAAACCAGUCACAUUAUGUUUGUGUACACACACACACACUGGUUUUAGACUCAGACAUAAACAAAACGAGAACACAACAAGAAAAUGUAUUCAUAUAAAAGCAGAAGUUUUUGCAGGUGAAGAAAAAGAAAUAGUUGUUUUUGUCAGCUCAUGAUUUCAGAUCUUGUCUGUUUGUCUAAACAAACCACAGACGUAACUCUGCAACAUCAUUCAGACACAGAUAUCUGGUGAUCUGGAUUCAUCUCUGAGCGUUCGUCUUGUGUCUUCUGGAGAAGAACCAGGUUUAUUUAGACCUGGACCAGAUUCAGAAAACUUAAACAAUUAAGGGCAAUAAAACUGAGUGGAAAAGCUCAGUGAACAAAAUAAACACAUUGGAUUAAAUAUACAAAUGAAAUAAAUGUGCAAAAAAAAUGAGUCAUUAUAAACAUUACAUACACCUGGGUGCAAAUUUGGCAGUGAGUUAGAUAAAGUACAGUGAUCACCACAGAGACGACUUCAAUAAUCAAGAUUAACUUUUUUUUUUACAGUUUUUGUUUCUGGUUUUAAAAACAAACUUCUGAUCCUCUUUUCUACUGAUACAAACUAAUGAAACUCACUGAGUGGAACUUUUCCUAAAAGGCCUCUGUAAUGUAUGAUGUUGUAUUUAGAUUAAUGACAGAUUCAUGUCAUCUCAAGUCCUUUACUCACUGAUGAAUACAACACAAUGGGGAAAGAAAUCAAAAGAAAGAAAAAAUUGCUGUGGAAAUAUGUUUGAUCCAAGUUUGGUUGGAGGUAUUUUGCCUCAUGCACCAGUGUCUGAUGUGCUGCUACUGUGUUUAAAUUCUAAAUUCUGCGUGUAUUUAUGGAAUUACCUCAUAUUGUUUUAUGGUCAGGUUAGAAUUUAAGCAGAAAUAGGUGUUGUUUUCAUACUUUAUUGUAUUGUUGUCUUGAUGUUUUAUAAGCUACAGAUUGAUCCAUUUUCAUAAAAAUUCAUAUCCUUCUGCAAAUUAUGAAAUGAAAUUGUAUUUCAAAUGAUUUGUAAAAUAAACGAACUAUAAAAAAUGCAUGGACCAAA